GCCAAACACUGGGUAACAUCUUCCGAAUGACAUUUCCCGCCUUUCGUAGGUGGCGUAUUACCUAUCAAUCGGCCAUCUCUAUGGCCGUAGAACUUCCCCAGACCAACUUUAUCUGUAAUACACCUGGACUCACCAAUACUCUUCGGAAUACAGCCACUGCCUCUCACAUCUCGAAACAGAUACACUCAAAAGAACCACGGCCUGGCAGACGUGUGCUUAUUUCUCCGCACCGAACCCUUUUUUCUUCAGACUCCGUAAACCGGCGCACCGAUCACAAGACCCACCAUGGCUCCGUCUGCCGUUGUUAGCGACACCGAGUCCAUCGAGGCCCGCGCCACCGCCAUCGUCCCCAAGGAGGUAUCGCACGCCAAGCAUGGCCAUGAGCUCGCCAACAAGACGCCUUUGCAGGCCAUGUCCCACGGCGAUGUCGCUCUCGCCGGAAUCCCCAAGUUUCCCGACUUCGCCUCCCAGCGUCAAUGGCAACUCGAGCACAUGGCCGCCGCAUUCCGCCACUGGUACCGCGAGGACUACAUCGAGGGCAUGAGCGGCCACAUCUCCGUCAGGGACCCUGAGCACCACGACGCCUUCUGGACGAACCCUCUCGGCAAGCACUUUGGUCUGCUCAAGGCCAGCGACAUGAUCCUCGUCAACCUCGACGGUGAGGUUAUCGGCGGCAACCGCACCAAGCCUCCCAACACUGCUGGCUUCUUGAUCCACGCUGCCGUGCACAAGGCCCGCCCUGACGUUCACGCCGUCUGCCACAACCACAGCAUCCACGGCAAGGCCUGGUCAGUCUUUGGACGCAGGCUGGAGAUGCUGACCCAGGACUCCUGCAAGUUCCGUGGCGAUGCUCACAGCGUCUACAAUAGCUAUGGCGGUGUCGUUCUGGGUCCCGAGGAGGGUGAGCUGAUUGCCGAGGCCUUGGGUCCCAAUGGCAAGGGGUGCAUUCUGCGAAACCACGGACUAUUGACGGUUGGUCGCACCGUUGACGAGGCCGCGUUUCUGUACACUUCCAUGGAGCGCAGCUGUCGCGUGCAGCUCCUGGCCGAGGCGGCUGCCGCCAAUGGUUUGGCAAAGGUUCCCAUCACGGAUGAGGAGGCGCAGUUCAACUUUGACGUUGAGAGCGACCCGGAGAUUUGCUACUGCGAGUUCCAAGUUUACUACGACCUGGAGGAUGAGUUGACAAAGGGCGACUUCAAGAACUAAGGCUGCCAAUUUGGCUGCAAUUAAAAUGUUGUUCUUCCUUCACUCCAUAGAUUCCCUCAUUAUACACCAGCGUUUUAAUUCAAACAAUGUCAGAAGCCCUUCCGACCCUCUAGCUAUCCACGAUAGUCAUGCGACGAGUGAUGUCUAGAG